AAACGAUAAAUUACCCUCAUUUACUAUAGAUCUAAAUCUAGCAGCCAUCUUCAUCUUGUUUAAGAUUUUUUUUGUAAACUUAUUGCGUGAGAUUCGGGGGAAGCCACUCUAUUUUAUAAAUGGCUGCUGUUUAUAUAGCAAAUCUUGCUCGCAAACACUGCUGUUUAAAGUUAAUUUCUGGCUUAUAUUGAUAUAUUUAGCCAGUGAUAUAGGUUUAUUAUUCAUUUAUCUAUAAUACUUGACCCAAAUAUAUCACAAUAUACUGCUAUUAAAGCUUUGGCAAUGAGUUAAUGGUACUUAACAUUGUCUACACAUUUGAUGCGAGCUUAGGAGCUAAAAUUCUACAAAAUGAUGAAAAUACAUGAGAAACCAAACAAGAUGAGUUAUUAUAAUGGUAGUCGUGAAUCAAUGGACAGCCAACUGAGUGGCUCAAGUAAUGAGAACUUAAGCUCUAAAGAUGACAAAGAAAGGGGUGACAAAAUUCUCCAUCAACGAGUACACUUUCAGGUGUACUACUUAGGAGUAGUUGAUCAAAUCAACAUGACCAACUCUAAAAAGAGAGACACAGAGCCACAAUUAGUGGAUAUUAUAGAAGAAAACCAGAUUGAAGGAAGACUGAAUGUUUUAGCCUCAGAAGAAAAUAAAGUUGUCAUGUUUGUGUCGAGGCAUGGCAUCAAAGUCAUGGACAGUAGCGGCCAGGAAGUCCUCCAGCGACAUCCCCUCCACACUAUAGCGCAACUCAUCCAGUACAAUGAUGGAUUUAACAGACCUAACAUUGCCGUCAAAAUUGGACAAGUUGGUAAACACUUGUACCAAUGCUACAUUUUCCAGUGCCAUUCAGAGGAUCAAGCUCAAGCAAUAUGCAACUGUGUUCGGAGAAUAUUUGAUGCCAUAACAUCAAAAGGUUAGGUUUUGUCAAGAGAUUUUCUGCAACUGCUGUACAUUUUAAAAAUAUACCUUGUGUUCUCUAUAUUUUUACAUGAUGUGAUAAUAAAAUGUAUACUACCAGUUACUUUUUAAAAUUUAUU